AUGUCAGAACAAGACGUAAAACCAACGUCCAUUAAUGAAAAAAGUGCAGAAAAGACGCCAGAAGUUCAACAAGUUACUUCUGAUAACACAGAUGGAACUACGCCAACUCAAGAUAAAGUUCCGAGAGUUCAAAUAGAAUUCCCAAAGAGACAAAAAAGUUUUGAAAUUCAAAAUGAAAGUAGAGAUGUUGAAGAGUCGACACAAAAUGACUCACAGAAAUUAGGAUAUGAUAAUGAAUCCAAUAGAGCUCCAAAGAAUAUAGAAUUAGAACAUUUUGAGACGCGCAGUAUUGAAGAAAAUGCUGAACCUUGGAAGCAUGAAGGACCUUGGUACACGGAUAUUACGAAGAAAAGGUGGUUAAUCUCUAUCAUUAUCGCAUUAAUGAUUGUUGUAAUUAUCAUUGUUGUAGAUACUAUCCGUCGGGAUAGUCAAAUAUUAGGCCACCUUCCAAAAUUAUUGGUGGCUAAUCGCGGGGAAAUAGCUAUUCGUAUUUUUCGAACCUCUCAUGAACUUUCUAUGAAAACUGUCGCUAUCUUCAGUCAUGAAGAUCGUUUAUCAACUCACCGUUAUAAAGCCGAUGAAGCCUAUCAAGUAGGUGACCCGAGCAACCAUACCCCUGUUGGUGCUUACCUUGCCCAAGAUGAAAUAAUUCGUAUCGCAAAACAAAAAGGCGUAUCAAUGAUUCAUCCGGGUUACGGUUUCCUUUCGGAAAAUGCUAGUUUUGCAAGAAAAGUUGAAGAGGCUGGAAUCGCCUUUGUUGGACCUACACCUGAUGUUAUUGAGAAAAUGGGUGAUAAAACAAAAGCAAGAGAAAUUGCUAUCGAAUGUGGUGUUCCCGUAGUUCCAGGUACUCGAGGUCCAAUUUCCACAAUUGAACAAGCUAAAGCUUUCAUAGAGGAAUGUGGCUUUCCGAUUAUUAUUAAAGCAGCAAUGGGUGGUGGUGGACGUGGAAUGAGAGUAGUCCGUAAUUUUGAGACUUUGAAAGAUUCAUUUAACCGUGCAAAAUCCGAAGCUUUAGCCGCUUUUGGUGACGGAACUGUUUUCUUGGAACGUUUCUUGGAUAAACCAAAACAUAUUGAAGUUCAAUUGCUAGCUGAUAAUGAAGGAAAUGUAAUCCAUUUGUUUGAACGUGAUUGUUCGGUACAAAGACGUCAUCAAAAAGUUGUUGAAGUUGCUCCUGCAAUUAAUUUAAAGACUUCUGUUCGUGAUGCUAUUCUCAAUGAUGCCGUAAAACUCGCAAAACAUGUGCAUUAUCGGAAUGCUGGUACGGCUGAAUUUUUAGUUGAUCAGCAAGACAGACAUUAUUUCAUUGAGAUAAAUCCUCGAAUUCAAGUUGAACAUACGAUUACAGAGGAGAUUACUGGUAUUGAUAUUGUUGCAGCUCAAAUUCAAAUCGCUGGUGGUGCCCUUCUCGCCCAUCAAUCUCUUUUACAAAAUCGCAUUCAAAUUUCUGGUCAUGCUAUUCAGUGUCGUGUAACUACUGAAGAUCCUGCUCAAAACUUUCAACCUGAUACCGGGAAAAUUGAAGUUUACAGAUCAUCUGGUGGUAAUGGUGUUCGAUUAGAUGGUGGUGCUGGCUAUGCUGGUGCUAUCAUUACUCCUCACUAUGAUUCUUUAUUGGUAAAAGUUACUUGUUGGGGAAAAACUUAUGAAAUUGCCAGAAGAAAAAUUCUUCGUGCCUUAGUCGAAUUUAGAAUCCGUGGUGUAAAGACAAACAUUCCUUUUUUACAACGUUUAUUAACUCACGAUGCUUUUGUAAAUGGUGAAGUGUGGACAACUUUCAUCGAUGAUACUCCUGAUCUUUUUAGACUUGUGGGAAGCAAGAAUCGUGCUCAAAAGAUUUUGAAAUAUUUGGGUGAUGUAGUUGUUAAUGGAAGCAGCAUUAAAGGUCAAAUCGGUGAACCUUCAUUUAAGAAACCGUUAAGUAUUCCGACUAUCUAUUCUCAAGAUUGCUCUGAGCCCGUUGACAUAAAUAAUCCUCCUAAACAUGGUUGGAGAUACAUACUUCAAGAACAAGGACCUGAAGCAUUUGCCAAAGCUGUCCGCGAAUAUAAUGGUGUAUUGAUCAUGGACACAACAUGGAGAGAUGCUCAUCAGAGUUUAUUGGCAACUAGGGUCAGAACUAUCGAUCUCUUGAAUAUUGCUCCUCAAACAGCUCAUGCGCUUGCAAAUGCUUUUUCUCUUGAAAUGUGGGGUGGUGCGACUUUUGAUGUAUCUAUGAGAUUUUUAUAUGAAGAUCCUUGGGAUCGUUUGACCAAAUUACGCAAACUUGUUCCAAACAUUCCUUUCCAAAUGUUACUUCGUGGUGCAAAUGCUGUGGGUUAUACCUCAUAUCCAGAUAACGUUAUAUAUGACUUUUGUAGAAAGGCAAAGAUUCAUGGUGUGGACAUUUUCCGUAUCUUUGAUUCUCUUAACUACAUUGAAAAUAUGAAAUUAGGCAUUGAUGCUGUUAAAAAGGCUGGUGGUGUAAUAGAAGCCUCAAUUUGUUAUACUGGUGAUGUUACUAACCAAAAAGAGAAAAAAUAUGAUAUAAAUUAUUAUUUAAAGUUAACUGAAGAAUUAGUUAAUGAAGGAAUUCAUAUACUUGGUAUUAAGGAUAUGGCUGGUUUAUUGAAACCAGAAGCUGCCGAAAUUUUGAUCGGUAGCAUAAGGAAGAGAUGGCCUGAUCUACCAAUUCAUGUUCAUACUCAUGAUACUGCCGGAACUGGUGUUGCUAGUAUGUUAGCAGCUGCUAAAGCAGGUAUGUCUGGUAUGACUUCUCAACCAUCUAUGGGUGCCGUCGUUGCUGCACUUGAGCAUUCUGAACUCGGUACAGGUAUUAAUGUGGAAAAUGUGCACGCUUUGAAUGAAUAUUGGGAACAAGCACGUAAAUUAUAUAGUUGUUUUGAAUCUGGAGUUUUAAGUAGUGAUUCUUCAGUAUACUAUCAUGAAAUGCCUGGUGGUCAAUACACAAAUUUAAUGUUCCAAGCUUCACAAUUGGGUCUCGGUAAACAAUGGAAAGAAAUAAAGAAGGCUUAUGCUGAAGCCAAUAAACUUUGUGGAGAUAUUAUUAAAGUAACGCCUAGCUCAAAAGUUGUAGGAGAUCUUGCUCAAUUUAUGGUCACUAAUAAAUUCUCAUAUAAUGAUGUAAUUGAGAAGGCGAAAAGUACAUCAUUUCCGGUUUCAGUUGUAGAGUUUUUCCAAGGUUAUCUAGGACAACCGUACGGUGGAUUUCCUGAACCACUUCGCUCAGAUGUAAUUAAUUAUACAUAUACUUAUUAUAAGCUUGAUUUGAAAGCUAAGUAUGGUCGGUCCAUUCGUGAAGUUGAUGUAUCCUCAGCAGCAAUAUAUCCCAAGGUGUUUGCAGAAUAUCGUGAACAGAUUGAAAAAUUUGGUGAUGUCUCAGUAAUUCCAACGAGAUAUUUCUUGUGCAAGCCUGAACUUGGUGAUGAAUUUUGCAUAGAUCUCGAAGAAGGUGUUACCCUAAUUAUAAAGUUUUUGGCUAUUGGGCCUAUAGAUACAACUACUGGAAAGCGAGAAGUAUUCUUUGAAUUAAAUGGUGAAACUAGGGCUAUUGCUAUAGAUGACAGAAGUGCUGCUGUUGAACAUGUUCAUCGUAAAAAAGCUGAUACAGGAAAUCCUGGUGAAGUUGAUGGAGCUGAAAUUAAAGCUGGUGACCCUAUAUGUGUUCUUUCAGCAAUGAAAAUGGAAACAGUAGUUUCAUCACCAGUUUCUGGUAAAAUUGAUCAUAUAGAAGUUAAAGAAAGUGAUUCAUUAUCGGCAGGAGAUUUAAUUGUUAGGAUAACUAAGUAA